AUGAGCGCUUCCGCCAGUGUCGCUCGUCGGGCGGCGAUUACCAACCCGUUUCUAGGCAAUGCGCGUGCGCUCUCUAGUCUCGGCGUUUCGUCAGCUGUGCUCGGCCGGAACGCAAGACAUCUUCCUCGUCGUGUAACUGCCCUCGCGCUCCUUGUGCCUGUACGCCAUCUGGGUACCGACCAUCACAACCACGGCCAGCCAUCUGGCCCGCCGCCGGGCUUCAACGUCGCAGAGGCUAAGAAGCCCCUGCCUAAGGAAAGCAGCUCGGCGGUCAAGAGUGACUCCAAGGCAACAAACGGUUCCAGCGAUGCGGCACAGAACGAGAAGUCAUCAUCCAAGGACGCUUCGGCAGCAGACAAGGCCGAGUCCAACGCUUCAUUGUCGGAACUCGCUGCUGCAAAGGGAACCUCUGCCGAAGCAGAGAAGAACGCAAAGGAUAAAUUGACCGUUUGGCAGAAGGUCAAGAAAGAGGCCCAUCACUACUGGGAUGGAACGAAGCUGCUGGCGACCGAAGUCAAGAUCAGCACCAAGCUUGCACUCAAGAUGGCUGCUGGGUACGAACUCAGCCGGAGAGAAAACCGCCAAUUGCAACGCACCGUCCAGGAUCUUGGUCGCCUGGUACCGUUUUCCGUCUUCGUCAUCGUCCCUUUCGCCGAGCUGCUGCUCCCUGUCGCCCUGCGCCUGUUCCCCAACAUGCUGCCUAGCACAUAUGAGGGCCAAAAAUCCAAGGAUGCCAAGGCGAACAUUCUCAGAACGACGCGCAAGGAAGUCAGUCAGUUCCUGCGGUCUAGUCUCAAAGAGACUGGCUUGCCGUUGACUCCUGCGACCACCCAGAGUGAGGCAUUUACCACGUUCUUCCGGAAACUCAGAUCGUCCGGCGAGUCGCCGACACACGAGGACGUCAUCAAGGUCUGCAAGAUCUUCAAGGAUGACUUGACUCUGGACAACCUUUCAAGACCUCAGCUGGUCUCGAUGUGCAAGUAUAUGAACUUGAACACCUUUGGCACCGACAACAUGCUGCGAUACCAGAUUCGUCACCGCAUGCGCCAGAUCAAGAGAGAUGACAGACAGAUCGCCUAUGAGGGCGUUGACAGCCUCACCGUUGCGGAACUUCAGAUGGCGUGUGCCAGCCGUGGCAUCCGUACCCACAGCGUGUCCCCCGCGAGAAUGCGCGAGUAUCUCCAGCAGUGGCUUGACCUGAGGUUGAAGGACGGCGUCCCUUCUACCCUUUUGGUCUUGAGCAAUGCCUACAUGUAUGGCCAGGUCCCCGCGCACAGCCAGGUCGAGGCUCUCGUUGGUGUUCUCUCAUCCAUUCCUGACGAGCUCUUCCACGAGAUGUCUCUUGAGGUGCACAGCGCCGAGGGCGCCGCUACCAACAAGCAGCGUCUUGAAGUUCUCAAGGAGCAACAAGAGCUCAUUGAUGAGGAGAACAGCCAGAACGAGGAGAACGCUAGCACUGGAUUCGCUACCCCUCGUGAUAUCGACAACAUUGAUGAGAAGGAGGAGACUCAACAGGCUGCGGAGGCUCAGGCCGUUGGCUCGAGCCAAGCCCAGGAAGCCAAGGAGGCCGAGAAGGAGAUGCUGCUCGCGAGAGACGGACAGUCCAAGGCGGAGAAGAGCGAAAAAUAA